AUGAAGAAUUCGAGAUCGGGCAAUCACCAAGACCACCAUGCUGCCAAACGUCACGCAUUUGGCAGCAUGGUCCAACCAGACCAGGAAGAAUACACAUUUCGUCUCAGCAACUCGUCGGAAUCCGGCCAUCCCAACAACCACCACCACCACCACGCGCCGCCGCCUUCCUCUGACGACAGCUCCCCCGCUAGUAGCGGCCUCUUGGACCAAUCCCCAUUGAUCCCAAUAACCCCGGCCGCCUCCCCCCUAUCCAAAUCCCCAUGGUCCACAUCCCUCAACAACGAGCCCGAAUCCUACAACUACACGGGCCUUAUGGGCUCGCUCGUCCGCGAGGAGGGCCACAUCUACUCGCUGGCGGCCUCCGGCAGCCUCCUCUACACCGGGUCGGACAGCAAGAACAUUCGGGUUUGGAAGAAUCAGAAGGAAUUUUCGGGUUUCAAGUCCAACUCCGGCCUCGUCAAGGCCAUCAUCAUCGCCGGUGACCGGAUCUUUUCCGGCCACCAGGAUGGGAAGAUCCGGGUUUGGAAGACGGUUAAGGUGUGGAGGGUCUCGGAUUCGAAGUGCUUGGAGUCGAUUUCGGCGCACGAGGACGCGGUGAACUCCGUGGUGGCGGGUUUCGACGGGCUGGUUUUCAGCGGGUCGGCGGACGGGACGGUGAAGGCGUGGAGGAGGGAGGUGCAAGGGAAGGCAGGGACGAAGCAUUUCUUUUCGAGGACUCUAGUGAAGCAGGAGUGUGCGGUGACGGCGCUGGCGGUGGAUCUGGCAGCGGGGGUGCUGUACGCGGGGUCGUCGGACGGGCUGGUGAACCUGUGGAGGAGGGAGAGGUUGAUGGCGCACGGAGGGGUGCUGAGGGGGCACAAGCUGGCGGUGCUGUGCCUGGCGGUGGGAGGGGAUCUGGUGUUCAGUGGGUCGGCGGACACGAACAUAUGCGUGUGGAGAAGGGAGGGGGAAGGCCACGCGUGCCUGUCGAUACUCAGGGGGCACACAGGGCCAGUUAAGUGCCUGGCGGUGGAGGAGGAAGGAGCCGGGGGCGGAGGUGGGAGUGGGGCGAAGCAGUACGUGGUGUAUAGUGGGAGUCUUGAUAAGUCGGUGAAAAUAUGGAGAGUAUCUGGGCAGGUGCCGGCGCCGGCGCCGGAGAAUAGCGUUGACGGUAAUUGCGUGCCGUCGGCGACGAGCUUCUCGUCGCAGCAGAGUAGUGGUAUUAGGACGGGUGGGCAAAAGAGAAACUACUGA